CUGGCUUUUCUUCUGCGUGCUUCGAAGUUUUGGUAAAACCGUUUCAUCAUCAUCAUCAACUCAUUCAUAAAUAUCAGUUAUGUCAACUAGACGACGACUUGUCGACAUUGGUGCUAAUCUAACAGAUAAAGUCUUUACAGGAAUCUAUCGUGGUGUUGUUCACCAUCAAAAUGACUAUCAGAAUGUUUUAUCACGAGCUAGAAAAUCUGGUGUAGAGAAAAUCAUUAUCACUGGAGGUUCACUUACUGACAGUUUGGAGGCGAUUUCUUUAUGCCAAAAUGAAGCGGAUCUCUUCUGUACAGUCGGCUGUCAUCCUACGAGAUGUUUAGAGUUCAACGAGAAUCCAGAUGAUUAUCUGGCAAAAUUAAAAAAUCUUAUUUUAACCGGUACUACUACUACUGCUACCAAGAAGAAGGUGGUUGCUGUAGGCGAAUGUGGUCUAGACUAUGAUCGGGAGGAGUUUUGUCCAAAAGAUAUUCAGAAGAAAUAUUUUGAUAUACAACUGAAGCUGGCUAGUGAUGUUCAAUUGCCAAUGUUUUUACACUGUCGAGCUGCACAUGAAGAUUUUUUAGAAAUGCUUAAAUCUGCUAAAGAAAAAUACUUCAAGGAUGUCUCAUUACGGGGUGUUGUUCAUUCAUUUGAUGGAACAGGCGAAAUGGUAAAACAUUUCACUGAUAUGGGACUAUACAUUGGUAUAAAUGGUUGCAGUUUAAAGAAUCAGGAUAAUUUAGAGGUGGUACGGAAAAUUCCACUUAAUCGACUACUCCUAGAAACAGAUGCUCCAUGGUGUGAUAUUAAGCGAACUCAUGCAGGUUAUUCAUUUGUCAAGACGCAUCCAACUUAUCGUAAACAUACAUCAUGGGAUGAAAAUUGUAUGAUAAAAGGACGUAAUGAACCUGCUAAUCUAAUUCAGGUAUUAGAAGUUGUCGCGGGUAUAAGAGAAAUGAGUGAAGAGGAGUUGGCUGAGGCGACUUAUCAAAAUGCUGUUGAUCUUUUUGCAUUGUAAAUAUAAAUAUUAUGAAUGGAAUUUUACUAUUGUUAUUAUCAUUUAUGUUGGAUUAGGAAUAAUGGCA